AAUUUUAAUGUAAAAUGGCUAAUUGUUUUCCCGUUUGCCUGGGCCUGUGAGGGGUGUGUCCCUGUGGGUCCAAUGAUUGGUCAGUGAAGUAAGCUGGUACUCACGGCCUCCGUCCAAUCCCCGAUUUACCCAGGGUCCCCUAGGUCCCGGUUUAGGUUUGAAUCACAGAAGUUUUAUUCAUUCGAGAUACUUUGGCUUGCGUGUCAACUUUGUUUUUUGUCACGUCAAGUCGGAAGUUCGGAGCCUAAGUCGGGCACAUACGACCGAACUUUCAUUACGAUGGUAUCAAUCACGAGCAUAUUCGAGUAACAGAAGAUCAGGAGAAUCAAUUCUUCGACACGAAACCUGAUUAAGCUGUAUAAUUACGAACUCUCGAUUUAUUUCCCAUUGUGUUGGGAACUCCGAGCUACGAGUCCAACGAUCCGAUUUGUGUUGGGAACAUCGAUUUACGCACUUGUUAAUAUGGCCGGUGAAUGGUGAAUGAACUUGAUUGGGUCAUGCAGAGAAAUCGUAGAACCAAAUCCCGAAUUGAUUAUCGAUCCUUACACGAAGGGAAUUGGAACAGUAGUGUGUCCGAUAUAUCUGAAACGAACCCUCAAGAACUGUCUAUAAACAUUGCAAAUCAAGAGGACCUAUUUUUCGCUUCGUGUGCAGGAAUGGCUGAAGGGGGUAAAUCUGUCACGCCCCGGGCUUAUCGCAGUCUAGAGAACGUUUGCAUCGAGUCUCCUUUGGUUAGUGAUGUGGACAAGCGCCUUGAGGAGGCAGACCGGGAGAUCGCGCUGUUAGAGAAUAAACUGGAGUCGGCCAGAUUGAACAGUGCAUUAAAGGACAGAAGGAAGAAGCGGGAUGAUCUUCAGAGGCAGUUAGAUGACAUCCAGCAGGAUCAGCCUCAAUCAGCAGCGACUGGCCUUGGUUCAGACACUGCCUGGUCACAGCUUAGGAAAGAUCUCAAGGUGUCCGCUAGAGCAGCCUUCGCUGAGGGUACUUAUAGAAAUUUCCGUACACAAUGGAAAGCUUAUUUUCUGUUUUGCGAAGCGUUCCGGAAACAGCCGUUGCCGGUAAGCACGGAGAUUAUAUGCCUUUACGCUCAGUUUUUAAGUCGGACUUUCAUCAGUGUCGAUUCUAUUCGCAACUAUAUAGCGGGAGUCAAAACUCUUCACAUGUUGCUAAACUUAAAGUAUGACAUUAGACAAUAUGAACUGAACUUAGUUUUGAAAGGUUUGUCGAGGUUGAACCCACAUUGUCCCUCUCAAGCGAAACCUAUCACCCCUCAGAUUCUCGGUAAGAUACAUCAGCGACUAGAUCAUGAUGAUCCAGAGGACACCACUCUGUGGUGUAUGUUUUUAUUCAGUUUCUAUCUCAUGCUGCGGAAGUCUAAUUUAAUGCCUAAUAGUAGUCACAAAUUUGACCCUAGUAAACAUCUUUUACGACAGGAUAUUUUAGUAGAGGAUGGGGUCCUCUUGGUUGUCGUAAAGUGGUCUAAGACCAAUCAAUUCGGACAUCGGAUCGUGCGUUCCCCUCUGGUGGCCAUUCCUGGGUCCCCACUUUGUCCUUUACAUGCCUUCGUUCGCAUGACUGAUCUAAACCCUGCACGUCCCAGGGCCCCAGCCUUCCUUAAGACUACAGGAAAGAAAAUUGUCCCCUUCUGUUACCCACAAUUUCAGCAGAGGCUACGGGAACUUAUUCAUAGUGUAGGCCUAGAUGCUGCCUCGUUCUCUUCGCAUAGUUUUCGCAGGGGAGGGGCCACUUGGGCCUUUUCUUUGGGGAUUCCAGGGGAGUUAAUUCAGGUGCAGGGGGAUUGGGCCAGCGACGCCUACAAAACGAUGCCAUUUUGUGAUGACCUUGGCCUGAUCUUCAAGAAGCCUUGA